AUGUCAACGUCUUUCCGAAAAAGGGAUACAUGCAGUAUAAGAGAACUUGCACAGUUCAUAGGCACCUUAACCGCAGCCUGCCCUGCGGUUAAGUACGGCUGGUUGUACACCAAGCGUUUGGAACAACUAAAGUGCUCAGCUCUAGAAGCGAACAACUACAACUAUAAUUGUAUAUUCAACCCACCCUCUGGCCAACAGAUUAACAUUAGUGGCCGCGAAAUUAUCCGGCAGGGGUUUCAACUGAGAGGAAUAUCGGAUGAGGCGGUAGAGACCAUAAUCGAUUCAAUAUCGACAGCUACGAUCAGCCAGUAUGCGUGUACUUACCGUCUAUGGUAUAAGUACUGUGAAGAGAAGCAGAUACCAGUAUUUCAGGCAAACGUCCUGCAGGUAAUAGAAUUCCUUCAGAACAUUAUCAAUACAACUGAACUAAAUUAUGGAAGUUUAAACAGCCACAGAUCUGCGAUCUCCCUUAUAUCCUCCGAUAGCCUAGGUUCACACCCCCUGAUAAAACGGUUCAUGAAAGGGGUAGCCAGAAGACGACCAAUGAACCCCAGGUAUAGGUUCACGUGGGAUCCUCAACCAGUUCUUACAGCAUUAGGAAAUCUCCCUAACAACCAACUUAAAAGCCUCACCCACAAACUGGUGACCCUACUUUCACUGGUAACAGGUGGCCGCCUUCAAACGAUCUCUUUAAUCCGGGUAUCAAACAUUCACAGAGACGAAACCAGAUUACAAAUAAUGAUUACGGACCCAGUAAAGACGUCACUUAGCCUCAAUGAUCAGCCUUUUCUGAGUCUCCCGUUCUUCACACCAAAUCCCAACAUAUGCCCAGCCUCAACAGUGCUGCAGUACUUAGAGUCAACGAAAGAAAUCCGAAAUAAUGAAGAUUUCUUAUUUUUAACUUAUGUAAAACCCCAUAAAAAAGCAACAAAGCAAACCCUUGCCCGUUGGGUAAAACAGACACUUAUGUCAUCGGGAGUAAAUACGACUGUAUUUAAACCUCAUUCAACUAGGCACGCAGCAACGUCAGCAGUCCGUAGGGCAGGGCUGUCGGUAGACACUAUUUGUAAAACUGCAGGCUGGUCUCAGAAGACGGCAACCUUUGCAAGGUUCUACGACCGACCACUACAAGCGGAUGAUGACUUUGCAAACACGAUACUCUCAACGAGUAUAAAUUAG